UGUUCUAGCAUUUGAAAGGCGUUUUAUUUCAUUCGUAAAUAAGUUAUGAUGCUGCCUCGCAUUGUUCGUCAAAGCAAGCCACCAAUGACCAAUGCGGGGUAGUAUCCACUAUACACUAAUAAUGGCAAUGAUAAUGGCACCUCUCAAGUAUCUUACUUAUGUAUACGAUUUAAAAUUAGCAUAUCGCCUUACGAAGAUAUUGUUGUGUUGUAGUUGUAGCUGUCUCUGGUUAUGUUCUUUGCCGGUUUUAUUACUCUACUUUCGAGCGAUGCGACAAGGUUCUGACCGCUAUAUAAGAUCUCGGUAUCUGCCAAAAAAAUCAACACAAAUCAUCCACCAAUCAGCCAAACAUCUCAACAUGAAGUUCUUCAUUGCUUGCCUCCUGUUCGCCGCCUGCCUGGCCCUGUCCCAGAGCAGUGUCAUCCAUGGAGCUGCUUACGCCCCAGUGGCUACCGUGCCACUGGUUCGCACCGUCCCGGUGGUGCGCACCAUACCGGUCGUCCGUCAUGUUCCAGUGGUGCGUACAGUGCCCGUUGUCCGUCAUGUGCCCGUCUACGAGAACGUGGCCGUUCCUUCCGUCGUCCGUGUAGGGCAUGCCGCCGUCUACGAUGCUCCCCUGGCCUACGGUGGCUGGCUGAAACAGAAAUAAGUGCAGUGCCACCCGCUUCUACUCGACCGCUAACUUAACUUAACCGACUUGUCUUUUUUUGUCUAUUAAUAAAUUAUAAUACAU